CGUAAUACCUCCUCAUCAUUUCACAGCCGUCAUCAUCGUCAUCACCCAACACCGGAACAAUCGGACCUAUCGAAUUCCACGUGACCUGUGACGUCAAACCCCUUAUCACAAUGAUUGACAUGGCAGCCCCUCCCACCCAACUCCACCACGCCAAUCACUUCGUUGAUAUGGCCCCGAUGUUGUCACUCAAACUCGGCCACGUCAACCCGAGCUUCUCCGCGAUCACCUCACCGACCGAUGCGGAUACCGUAGCGAAGUUCAACCCGCUGCCAACCAGCAAGGUGAUCAAGUCUCGACCACCUCACAUCACUCUAUCUCAACCCGGGAAGGUCUUAGGUCGUGCAGAUACGACCAUGGCUCCAACACCGAGAUGCAACCUGGUUAGCCCGGUAGUCCAGAGUCCUACUCUUCCGAAUUCUGAACGCGUCCAAAUCAAAACCGACACAUCUGAAGUCGAGGACUCGCGUUCACCGACGCUCAUCGCAGCCCCGCAAGUGAUGUUGACUGGUUCCAAUCCAGACAUGAAGCCAGACAUCACCACAGAGAUUGGUUCCACCGGCGGUGUAAAACGAAAGCACUUUUCACCCCAGGUGACUUGGACCUUCCCGACUGUUGUUAACCCUGCGUUGGCUAGCCAAGGGCUCUCUGAGCUUCAGCAACAGCCCCAGUCGCACCAAGCACCGACCAACCCUCACCAGCAGACGUUCACCGUACAUCCAAGAAGUCAGAAAGUAUUUCAUCUUCCUCGUCAAGCCAUGCACGCACCGGUAAUUGAGCGGACAGGCUCGGGAAAAGUCGUCCGCCGAAUGUUCACCAACAGCAGAGAGCGAUGGCGGCAACAGAAUGUCAACUCUGCCUUUGCCGAGCUUCGCAAGCUGCUCCCCACCCACCCUAUUGAUAAGAAGCUGAGUAAGAACGAGAUUCUUCGCCUCACCAUACGGUACAUCAACUUCCUGAUGAAGCUUCGUGAUGACCAGAGUGACGGAAGUGACGUCGAGGAAGCUGUUGCUGCACCCAUGGAGACCUACGAGAACAUCGAACCCGAAAUUCCCUCUCCGACUCCGAUGGUGGUCAAAACCGAGCCCGAUCCCAACUCACCAAUCGAAGUCAUCGGUUACCCUCCAAUGACCUGCGAACCGGUCCGACACCGAGCGAGGAGCAGUCGAAGUUCGUCCGAAAGUGGGAUCGGUGAUUCGGAAAGCAUUUGCGGGAGCACGGGAAGUGUCUGCGGAAGCGCGAACAGCGUUUAUUUCAGCGAAUCCAGCGACGACCAGCUAUGUCCUGGUGAUAUCAGCCCGCCUUGGUUCUCAUCGCCAGCUAGCAAUGAGAGCCUUUAAGAUACAACCUUCUCUUUUGAGAAAAAAAAAAGAACUUUCGUGAACUAAACUUCGUCAAGUCUUCACGCUCGCUUGAUAGAUAAUUAGAAAUCGCGAGGAGAAAUAUGAUAUUACUUGUACAUAAUAAACAUUUAUGUAUGCAUGUUGAUUCAGACAUUCCUAUAAUUCUUCAUUCCAUAUUGUAUUAAUCUUAUUCUGAGAAAAAAGGCGCCGUAGACUUUGGAAGAAAAAAAAUGGAGAGACGAAAACACUGAAAGAAAGAUUAUGACCGAACUAUGAAUUAUUAAAUUUGCGAUUCGGGACGUGAACUACCAAGCUACGUGCGCCUGCAGUAAUUUGAGGCAAAGCUGCAGAAUUAUUCAUGUGAGAUUGAUUGGAUAUUUUGCUACAUCAGCGGACCGUGGGAGGGGGACGUAGCAUUCUGUUUCCUCCUUGAGACGGGAAACUUCCCGGUAUAAUUGACACAUCACACCGCCUGUUCUGCCAAGUUAAGGUGACCUGGACGGAACAAAAUGAAGAGGAAAAAAAGGGGAUUGGACUCGCUCUAUCCCUCUCUCCCGAUUCGCUCUAAUCCAAUCAUUUUUACUCUCUAUCAAGAAGAUCAUUCCUAUCUUCAUUCCUUCUUUCUUCUCUCAUUCCAUUCGUUUUGACGUGAUAGAAUUCCACCUGGGAGUUGCCAUUCCAGCGCGCAUGCGUAGUAACAACCAGACGGUUACAUUCCAAGUUGUCAAUUUGAGGCUUGUCGUAGUGAUGGCAACAUUCGAAAUUUAAGAAAAAUUCAAUUAAAGCGUUUCACAUAUUAGAAUUAUUGCAGUAAAUGUAAGCAACAAUUAACGAAAAAAAUGUUUUAAAUAUCUUAUGUAUAUGCUGCCAAGUUUUACAUUUCCCUGUUAUUUUAGCCGCAAAAAUUAUUAUAUUCAAUUCAUUAACGUUCAAUAAAGAUGAUCACUGUAACAGAUGUUUUAUGUUGACGAUGCAUGUGGAUGAUGAAUGCACAAAUAUUUUCUUGGUAUAAUGUGCAGCAUCUAAAUCCGGGAAACGGAAUAAGUUUCACAAUCUUUCUCAGAAUUUGUGAAGAUGAUAAUUGCAGAUUGGUUUGAUUUGGCUUUAUCAUGUUUAUCAAUUGUGAAAAAAAUAAUGCGUUGAUCGAUACGGUGAUUCGAUUUCUUUUAGAAUCCUAUUUCAGAGGUUUAUAGAAUAUUUGUAUUCAAAUUAUUCAAAACGAAGAUUAUUCGCUCUGUCCUGUGAGGCAUUAUUAUUGAUUUGGAAAUAAAUUAUGAUUCAGAUGAUUUUUCAAAUUAUGUUUUGAAAAUACAAGGAAGUACAUAUGGCAUUUGCAAAAAAAAUGAAAUUGAUCGCAAUAUAUUUGGUCAGAUUUUUACUAGAUUUCUAAUUAUGAAAACUAUUUUUUUCUAUCGUUGUUUGGGUAAUGAACUGCAUUAAGUAAUACGACAUACAUUUACUAAUCACACAUGUAACAGACUCAUGUUAACGCUAUAUGUUUCUUGUUAUAUUUCUUAAUGCAUGUGGAAAAAAUGCGAAUAUGCGGUAUAAACAUGAUAAAGGGAAAUUUAUUAUGGUUUGCGCUGAAUAAAAGCAUACCUAAAAAAAUAUAGAAAAUAUUCAUCUGUUCGUUUGUUGACAUCUAAAAAAAUUACUAAGCUGCUAUAUUUUUCAUAUGCAUUCAAUAAGAGUCUGAAAUUGUUUGCAACUUCAAAACAUUCUAUUUUGUAAAAUCUGAAUAAUUCCAGCAAAUCAAUGCUUCACAUUCCUAUAUCUAAAUAGAAGUCAGUGGAACGUCAGAUAUUGUUUUUAAUAAGCCAUAAGAGUUAAUAUGCUAUCAAAAUCAUUAUGUAUGUAUGUAUAAAACACAUUAUUUGUAUUAUUCGUAAUCGUGUUUUGGGGUGGAAUUUUCGAAAACGUUAGUUUAUCCAUUGUCUAUUUUUGUUAAGGGAACUCACUCAAAAUACACCUAUGAACUGAAGUACACCAAUGAAAGACGUAUGUAUGUUUAACCUAUUUCAUUUAGACCCAAUCUUAUAAUCAUUACAAACAGCUGCAUUGCCAGGACGGUCACAUAAAUGGCAUAAACAAUUCAGUAAAAUUGGCCGUAGUGAUGAAAUCAGAAGGUGAAUUGCAUAUACAUUGCACAGUUUAAUAUUUGUUGUUUGUCACAGAUCUGAAUUUAAAAUAUAGACCAAAAUCAAGAAAACAAGGCAAUUUUUCAUUUUUACCACUCAACAACAGUCUAGCUGUAAUUGUAACUAAAAAAUCAAAUUACAUGGCCGACAUUUCUAACAAUACCGUUCAGGCGUAAACAUGUUUUGCAACCCAGACUGUUUAAAAUUUAUAAAUCAGAAGUCAGGUUCAGCAAAUUUUUAUGACAUAUUUAUAUUCUAAAGUAGCAUUUAUCAGGGAAGAUCUUAUAAUUCAAAUAUAUUAUAUAGAAUGUGAAUAUCAGACCUACUUUUGAUGUGAUAUUUUUUAGGAUGGUAUUCUAUCCAAAUUUUUUUAAACGUCAGUUUAAAAUACCACGUUUUUCAGCGAUGACUGGUAUUUAAUAUUAAUUUGAACCACUCUCAAAUUAGGAACCAAUUGGUGAGUUCCCUGUCUUUACCGGUUUUAAGUUUUAGUAACGGACAGUGACAUUCCAAACUAUUAAUUAAGUAAUGAUAUUUUUGAGGACCGUUUCUUUUCCGGUUGCUAAAGAAAAUAUUAGAUUUUCAACCAUUCCAGUAUGAAAAUCAUGAAAACGCUGAAAUUUGAAAGCAUUCCAGACAUAUCAGCUGUAAAAUAUAUGUUGUCAUUUUCUUUUUGGAUCAAAUGAGUAGAUGUUGAAAUUGAAACAAGAUUAUAAAACGUUGAAGAUUGAAAGCAUUCCAGGUAUAUUGGCUGUAAAAUACAAUUUCUUCAUUUUUGUAGAUUGAUAUUUCUUGAGCAGGUGUUUAAAUGAUAUUAAUGUUACAAACAAUACGGUUGCAGGUGCAACUUUAACAUUAGUGUUAUUGGAUAUUGGAAUCCUAAAUGUGCCACGUUUAACAACGUUGUGUAAUCAAUGCCUACAUUUUGUUUGCAAUUGUAAAUCAUGGCAGAAUGAAAAGUAGGGGUAAUCAUGCACACCCCUCGGCAUUCCACGCCCCUUCUUCCCUCUGGUAUUGAAUGAGUAGACUACCCCGAACGCUUGCUAUGUGCUGUUUCAGGGGGUAAUCCGACACUUAUUCGUACAUCAUUCGGAAAAGGGGAAGUCUUUAUCUUUAGACUUCCAAAUUAAACGGUUCAUCAAAGAAUCUGAUUUUGAUUACCCUCUACCUACCCACUUUUUGAAUAUUCUAAAAAUCGGCUCAAUAUAUAGACAGUUCUAACAUCAUUAUCGGUAUAAACAAAUAGAAAUAUGUUGGAGUAUGCUUGAGUUAAGAUUUACUAUAAUUUUAAAUUGAGAUAAAAAAGCAUAAAAUUACGCUGUAGAAUUUGACCGACUAUUGUCACGAAUGUAUAGAAAUUCAAAUAUAUUGUUAUAUGUAUUCAAUUGUAUCAUGCAUUUGAUUUUAUUUGCAUAUAGAUUGUUUUUGCGACUGCUGGAUUUUAGUUCAUAAUUAAAGAGGAAAAUGGUUCCCAGAUGAAAUCUAAGCAAUUUCGUUUUAAAAGUGAGAAUCGAAACAAGGCCGUCUAGCCGCACUUUCCCUAAUUUUGUCGCGAUAUUAUCUUUAUAUAUAUAGUUUACAAUUUUAUGUUGUAUAUUUGUUACGUUGAAGUUUUAUUUUCUAUGGUUUGCUGUGAUGCGGCUGGUACCGCAAGUGCCUUUUCCCUAUUUUGUUUGUUUUCACAAGAAGUUGAAAGAUAUAUUUUGAGAUUGUUUAGCGAUUUAAUGCUAAAUGUUGGUUGGAUGGAAGUUAGACAUUGUCAUUCCUAUAUGUAUUUCUAUGUGCGAAGAGUGUUAUAUUAUUGUACAUUCCUGCUUUAAUGCUUGCUAUUUUGUGUAAAAAAAUAAGUAGAAAAUAUUUUUGCACGUUUUAUACUAUAUUUUAGAUAAAAAAAUAACAAAUGCAAUGACUCGAUGAAUGUGAUUCCACGCCUCUUUCACACCGCAAACUUCAUACAUCUACCUACAUGCAUGAACAUUUGCAGUGUGAUUGGGCCCUACCUUGCAUGGGAGCAAUGAACUUUGCAAGGCAAGUAGAUUCAGCGAGUAAAGUUUUCAUAUCACGUUUUGUAGACAUAUGAGAAGAUUCCACGUACGUACAUUCCUAUAUUUUCAUGUCAUAAAAAGAGAUUGUAAAAUAUAAUAAUAAAAAAGAUGAAUCUUA